AUGGGGUCCGACCUUUUCCCCGGAUUUACGCAACAGUAUAUUAAUACUUCUCAAGGAGUAUCUAUCUUUGUCCGCACUCUGAUUGACCAGACCAAACCCCCACUUCUCCUGCUACAUGGAUUCCCUCAGACUCACGUCGAGUUCCACAAGAUCGUUCCCUAUUUACGUCCUCAUUUUAGUGUCGUCCUGACUGAUCUUCGUGGCUAUGGUGCCUCGUCCGUUGUCCCUAGUGCAAACGGCUCGGCUUAUUCUAAACGCCUGAUGGCUCAAGAUUGCGUACAAGUCAUGACAGCACUUGGCUUUGAAAAGUUUAGCGUGGUUAGACAUGACCGCGGGGCCAGGGUUGCGUAUCGUCUCGCAUUUGACAAUCCAGAGAUACUUCACAAGGUCGUUGUGAUCGAUAUCAUACCUACUUCAGCCAUGUAUGGAGGAUUCGGCGAUGUAAAUGCCGGACUGAGAGCAUACCACUGGCUUUUCCUCGCGCAGCCAGAACCAUUCCCUGAGAGAAUGAUACAAUCUGUGGGAAAUGGAAGAUUGUUCUUAGAACAUACUUUUGCUACAUGGACAGCGUAACGAACGUUGUAGGAUUUUGACGUCUUUGCACUUGACGACUAUCGCAAGGCUUAUUGUGAGACAGCUAGGAUUCAUAGUACCUGCGAGGACUACAGAACGGGGGACUUUCUUGACAGGGUAUAUGAUGGAGAAGACUUAAAAAAUAGGAGGAAAAUUAAUACUCCUUUGUUGGCUGUGUGGAACGGUGGGAUUGUUCGCUGAAGCUAUGGAGGCAGGGGCGCCUCUAUAGAUAUGGCAAAAGUUUGCACAUAACGUUUCUGG